GUUCAGAGCAAUUUGUGCUGACACCUUCAAAUGCAGAAAAUCUCGCAUUUGGCAGCCUGCGAAUGACUCACAGCAGCGCUCCACCAACGAAAAGCAGCGACAACCAGCGCAACAGACCCACACCCACACACACCGGUUUCCAGCUGGUGUCACAACGCAAGUGUGUGCAAGGCGGGUGUUCGAUUGACUGCCCGCACCUCAAGUGUCGUCCACACGUCCACCUGCACAGUCGCCAUGGCGUCGUUGCUGGAAGGCGGCGCUGAAAGCAGCAACUGGGAGGCGUGCUUCUACACCACCAAGCACUCAUGGCGCGGAAAGUACAAGCGCAUCUUCUGUAUCGGCCGCGACUGCAUCGCCACGCUCAACCCGUCCACAUUUGAAGAAACAAACAGGUGGUCAUAUGCGCGCGAGUUUUGCGACAUUGCCGUUGGCCCGAAAUCGCCCCAGGAAUUUGUCAUCACCGUCAAGAAGAAAGACUCCAAAAAGACAAGCACUACCACGUUCUCCGCUGAAUUCCGCACAGAGCUGCUCACCGUCGCACAGACCAUGCGCACGAAGUUUCACGGUGCAACGCAGCAGCAAUCGCCCAUCUUCCCUGCCUUCAAGCAUCACUGGAGCGAAACACGCAAGGACGUACUCCUCUCCGUUCGCCCGACGUGCAUUGCGCAGGUCAACUCUGGCGGCGAUGUUCUUGCAUCGUACGACUACAAGGACAUUGAGGCCGUCCUCUUUGUGAGCGACUACCCUGGCGGAUUCAUCAUCGUUGACCGGUCAUUCAAGCGGCUGCACCUGUUUGCGCUUGAGAAGCGGGAACAGUUCCUGCAGCUGGCGGUGCAACACGCGAGCACAUAUGUCGGCGUCACACUGAAGAAGAAGAAGCAGGACAUCACACUCAACGACUUUCGCGCAAACAGGCUCGGGUCACUCAGCCGGUCCGAGGCGGCCAUCACAUCGCUGGCAGAGUUCACUGUCACAAAACUCUCCCCGCGACACCCGGAGCCCGUGCAGCGCAUCCUGUGCCUGACAGAGUCGUGUCUGGUUGAGCGCGACCCGGCCUCGUACGCCAUCGUCACACUGCGGCCGCUCGAGUUCAUCUUCUCGAUUGUGCGGGACCAGCGCGACCCGCAGCUGUUUCGCGUCGAGUACUCCACUGGCGCCGUCCGCUCGUACUACAGCACCGACAGGGAUCCCCUGCUUGCCAGCUUGCUCGAUUCCGUCCGCGCGACCGGCAACAAGUGCGUGUGUGUGCAGAUGAUGCCGACAGACAAGGGGGAGCGGUUCCAGCCGCUGACGUCCGCGCCGGACGAAGAGGUCGAGAGCGCCCUCCUCAAGUUCAUCGCAUCCCCAAACACGGGGAUGUCGUUUCAGCUUGCCGUUCGCCGUUUCAACGCCAACGUCGACUAUGCUGGUCUUGUGCACGCCGUCACUGAGGAGGGAUGGUUCAAGGAGAACAAGGAGAAGUUGAUUAUGGCGGCGCUGUCAACGCUGUUGAACCAGGGCGACCAGAGCGACUCGCCCGAGCACCUGGCUGGCGAAUUCCUCGCCAUCCGCCGCCUUGUCGCAUCAAAGGCCGGCUUCCACGCCUUUACGCAGCUGCCAAACUUCCGCAAGCAGAUUGGGUCCAAGGUGAUUCGCGCGCUGCAGCUGAGUAAUGACGGCGUGACGUAUGCCGCCAUGGACAUGCUCAGCACACUCAUGAUCCCGAUGCAUGACAACUAUGACAUUGGACAGGAGAAGCUCAACAAGUCGCAUCUUCUCGCAUCAAAGUCGUUCCUCGGCAAGCUGCUGCAGCUGUUGAAGCAGCAUGCCGAUGCGCAGACGGGCGCCCUCGUCGUCUCCAUGCUCCUCGACUUCUUUACAUUCGCCAUCGGCUCUCAGUACAGCGAGACGACGAGUGGGGAGCACUUUGACGUGAUCCUGCAGAUGGUGGCUGAUCUCGGGCGCUCUCUUUUCUCUCUCUUCGAGCACCCGUCCAUGGCGAUUGUGAAGGCCGCGGGCCUGCUGAUGAAAGCGAUCAUCGAGGAAGGGGAGCCCGAGAUGUGCGAGCAGAUGCAGCAGCUGGCACUGGCAGAGGGCGCGCUUCUGCGGCACCUCUACACCUCCCUCUACACCAAGAGUACAGACAACAGGAUGCUCACACACAGGCAGCUGAGUCGGCAUCUUGUUGCGCUGUGGGCGGAGAAGAAUCCUACAGCACACGAAAUGCUUGCACGCAUGUUCCCCGCUGGCCUCCUCGACGCACUCAAGUCGGAGGAGAAGGUUCCGGAGAAGGACAUUGAUCGAGUGAAUGUUCGUGACACGCUGCACGUUGCACAGCAACAGAAGAAGGCUGUGACGCGGCACAAGCUCGACCAGCUGCUGCUACAUUGGCGGUCCCGCAGUGCGCGCCGCUCGGACCACAAGGACGUACCCACGCUCCGACGACGACGGCAGCGCGUUAAGGUGGAGGACAACUGGGAGUUCUUCUACUACGAGUUUGAACGCGAUCAUGCGCGCGCCGACCUCAUCUGGAACUUCAAGACCCGCGAGGAGCUGAAGGAGUGCAUCGACAACGAACUUCGCGCUUUCCUCGCAGACAGGGAUCUGCGAGGCUCGUACACCAUCGCCUGGAACCACACGGAAUUUGAGGUUCGGUACGAGACGUUGGCUGAGGAGGUGAAGAUUGGCGACCACUACCUGCGGCUGCUGCUGGAGAACGAUCCGAACAGCACAAAGAUCCACAACGCACCGCAGUUCUUCAACGACCUCUACCACCGCUUCCUCCUGACCACGAAGCCAAGGAUGAAGUCGAUGUGCCUGCAGGCAAUGGCUGUCGUGUACAAGCAGUGCAGCGAGGAGAUUGGUCACUUCAACGACACGGAGUUUAUCGUGCACAUGCUCAACAACUGCGAAGACAACUUGGAGCGCGACCGACUCCUGCAGUUCCUGAGCACCCUCCUCCUCAACCGAACCAACGUGAAGCUGUUCAUUGACGCCGGCGGUAUGCGUUGCCUUGUGGACCUCGUCACGCUGGCACACCUGCACACCAACAGGGCAACCACACCCAUGCAGACGCUCAUGCUUGAGGCAAGCCAGACGCAGCUCACCAGCGACGAGCCAGAGUGGUUCUACACAAAGUCGGACGUCAAAUCCAAGACUGGCCCCAUUGGCUUCUCAGAGCUGAAGGAGCUGUAUGAGAGCGGGGAGGUGAACAAGGAGACGAAGGUGUGGGCGCAGGGACUUGAGGGCUGGAAACCAAUGCGCGCCAUUCCACAGCUCAAAUGGGCGCUUGUUGCCGGUGGCACACCGGUGAUGGACUACACGCAGCUGUCGAUCCUCUGCCUCGACAUGCUCACCGCCAUCUGCCAAUACUACCCAAGCAGGGAUGCUGACGGUGCUGUGAUUCGUCCACUGCCCCGCUGCAAGCGCAUGCUCUCCGACACCAUGUGCCUUCCACACAUUGUGCAGCUGCUGCUGACGUUUGAGCCGGCGAUUGUGGAGCGGACAGCGCGUCUCCUCUCCAUCAUCAUGCAGGACAACACGAACAUGUCACGGCUGUACCUGACGGGCGUGUUCUUCUUCAUCAUGAUGUACACGGGCUCCAACCUCCUCCCCAUUGCCAGAUUCCUCCGCGAAACGCACAACUACCAGGCAUACAAGUCCGACCAAACGACAGGCCGGAGCAUCCUCGGCACGAUGAUCCCGCAGGCCAUGGUCUGCUUCCUCGACAACCACGGUCCUGAGAAGUUUGCGUCGACGUUUCUGGGGCAAUUUGACACUCCCGAGGCAAUUUGGGGCGCAGAGAUGCGGCGCAUGCUGAUUGAGAAGAUUGCUGUGCACUUGUCCGAUUUCACGCCGCGUCUCAAGUCAAACACGCGCGCAAUCUACCAGUACUGCCCGAUCCCGCGCGUGUCGUAUCCUGAGCUCGAGCACGAGCUGUUCUGCAACAUGUACUAUCUCCGCCACCUCUGCGACGAGACGCGCUUCCCAGACUGGCCCAUCAAGAACCACAUUGAGCUGCUGAAGGACAUCCUUGAGGCGUGGAAGCUCGAGUGCGAGAAGAAACCGCAGACAAUGACGACGGACGAAGCGUACACCACGCUCGGCCUUGAACCCGGCACCAAAUACGAUCAGCGAAAGGUGCGCAAGGCGUAUUUCAAGAUGAGCAUGAAGUACCAUCCCGACAAGAACCCGGAGGGCCGCGACAUGUUCGAGAAGGUCAACAAGGCGUACGAGUUUGUCACCUCCAUGGAGAGCAGGUCCAUGGAGGGCCCCAACCCCGAAAACAUCGUUUUGAUCCUCCGCGCGCAGUCCAUUCUGUACAAGCGCCACGCCGACAUUCUGCAGCCGUACAAAUACGCCGGCUACCCCAUGCUCACCGUCACCAUCGAGCGCGAGACGGCUGACGAGAACCUGUUCAGCAGCAGCGUGUCCCUGCUCAACGCGGCGUGCGAGCUCUCGUACCAGACAGUGCGCUGCUCGCCCCUCAACGCAACAGAGAUGAUGCGACAAAGCGGCUUUGAGAAGCUCGCGGCUGCGUUCUCGCGCUGUUUGACGGUGGUUGGUCACCACGCCAAGGACGACGAGCCAGCGGUGCAGGUGUGCUCCAACAUUUUGAAAUGCUUUGCGGCGGCGGCGGCGUUUGACGAGUGCCGCGAACGCAUUUCGUCCAUCGGCGCCAUUGUCAAGGACAUGUGUCGCUGCCUGUGGGUGGAGGGCGCACCUGCUCUGACGUCAGCGGCAAUCGAGUGCGUGUGCGCGUUCAGCGUGGAGCCCUUCCUGCAAACGAGCAUGAUCCAAAACGGCGCGCUGUGGCACAUCAUGCAACUCCUGUUUGGGUACGACUUUACCCUGGAGGAGAGCGACAUUGAGAAGGACGAGAGCACGCACCAGCAGGAGUUUGUGAACAAGAACGCAAAAGUUGGCGUGCGUGCACUGGCCAUGCUCGUGGGAAGCGCGCCGGACACGCCAGCAAACCGCGAGGCUCAAGACGGCCUCAAUGCGCUCUUGACGCCUUUCCUCGCAGAAAAGCUCGCAAACCCAGACCCAAAGCCGUUCCUGAAAUUGUUCAACGGCAACACGGAGAACCCGUAUCUCAUCUGGGACAACUCCACCCGCGCCGAGCUCUCCGAGUACCUCGAGCACCAACAGGAGUCCAUCAUCAAGACGGGCGAGCAAGACUCUUCGCUGGGUGCGAACAUGGUGUUCAGCGCGCACAAGAAUGAAGUGGUGGUUGACAACAUCUUCGUGCGUGUGUACAACGAGCAGCCGACGUUCCCAAUUGCAGCGCCCGAACGGUUCACGCGCGCCCUUCUCGACUUCAUCGGCAACAAGGCCCAGUAUGUGUGGUCUGCGACUGCCAACACGACGGCGCCGCCGGACGAGCAGAAGAUUGCGCGCGUGCUCGACCACGUUGCGCUCGCCCUCGAAUCCCUUCGCAACGUCAUCACCGCCAACGCUGGCGUGGAGACGGCGUGUGUUGGGCACUUCAAGCUGCUGUUCUCGCUGCUGAAACAGACGAGCAACAGCAAGAUGCAGCUCAUGGCCCUGCAAGUCAUCACCAAAGUCACCGCCAACCGCGCGUGUGUCAAGGACAUUGCCGCGUCGCACGUCCUCGUUUACCUGCUCUUCACACUCGUCACCCUGCCAGCAGGUCGCCUGGUUGCGCUGGAGGCCAUGCAUGCCCUCGUGUCGAACAACAAGUGCAUUGAGCAGCUGCUGCAGCGUGGCGGCAUCAUCUACCUGCUCAACCUCUUCUGCUCAUCCGGCAGUCCCGUCGUGCGCCAGAACACCGCCACCCUCUUUGGCAAGAUGCUCGCAGACAAACUCCACGGCCCGCGCAUCCGCAUAACCCUGUCCAAGUUCCUUCCUCCAAUCUUCCUUGAGGCCGUGCGCGACAACGCCGAGACGAGCGUCGCCAUGUUCGAAAGCAACCAGGAGAAUCCCGAGUUGAUCUGGGGCGAUGAAGCGCGCGAAAAAGUGCAGCGAACGGUGGCCGAUCUGCAGGAGGAUCUGUUUGCACGCCAGCAGGAGGAUCCUGAUCUCACGUGGGGGCUGCCGCCCGAUUUCGAAGUUGUGUACGAGAGCCUUCACGGUGAAGUGGUCGUUGGUGGCGUUUUCCUCCGACUUCUCAUUGCGCAACCAACAUGGUCCUUCCGCAAGCCGAAGGAGUUUGUCGUUGCACUCAUGGACAAGUUCAUGUCGCUGCUUCAGCGGGAGUCGUUUGAUGACGUGACAAAGGAGCAACUGUCCACCGUCUCCCAAGCCGCUUCCGCUCUCUUCCACGCACAGCCAGACCUUGCAAACGGGAUUCCUGCCAUGGGUCACCUGCACAAGAUGAUGUCGCUGGUGGAAAGGGACUGCCAGCCGGUGCAAAACGCCUCGCUCCUCUUCUUCAAUCAGAUUGCGUCGAACCCGGCAUGCGUGCGGGCGUUUGGUUCCAUCGAAUGCGUCCCCGCGUUUAAGAAGGCCCUCUCAAACGCAAACAGCGAGUUUUUGCCUCACGGAUGUGAAAUGCUCAUGAAGAUCUACGAGAAAAAUGUUCCUCCUCUCGUGGCACAGGCCAUUGCGCACGACUUCGUCAACUUCCUGCUCAAGCUUCUCAAGAGCGGCCUUGAUCUGUGCGAGCACUCGUCCGCGUGCAAAGCACACGUCGUAAAGGCCCUCAAGGCCAUGGAGAGGGACCUUGCUCGCGGCGAGGAAGUGCACGCUAUCCUUGAACGCUGCCCGUGGUGGGCGUCGUACAAAGAACAACGGCACGACCUGUUUAUCACCAGCACCCCAACAGCCGGCUAUCUCACGGGGCCAACAGCUUCCGUUGCAGGUUACCUCACGGCUGGACCCCAGACAUCUGUUGCGAUGGACACGGCGCCGCCAGAGGUGAUGGAGGAAGAGGACAGGAGCCACCGCGCGGCACCAGGCAACCCAGACGCCUAGCACACACACACACACACACACACACACACACACACACACACCUCUGCACACUUACAGCAAACAACAUGCCAGCUUGCCAGCUUGCCACUGUCUUCCCAAAGCUUCAUUUUGUUCAAUCUUUGCCGUUGUGUUUCCACUCCGUCACUUUCUGUCCUUGUUUCGUUCGUUCGUUUCUUUUUCAGUAGACUGCUCACCGUGGUGAUUGGCCGUUCCCGUGUACUGCUUGCUCUGUCCGCACCACAAUCACCAUACCGUCAUCGACGUGGGGGUGAAGGGGCCAAGGAACACAACAGCGCCGCAUUGAGUACAAACAACAAACACAUGCACCAGGCCUCACAACACAAAUCGAC